AUGAAGAAGAUAAACUUAUGGAAAUCAAGUGUGGAAAAUGGCAUGUUGGUAAUGUUUUCAAGUACAUAUGAUUUUAUCACAGAAAAUAAUUUGGAUAAUAUUUUAAUUAAGAAAAUCAUAAUUGAUCAUUUGUCAUGUAUGGAAGAACAAUUUAAAAAAUACUUUUUAUCAGAUUUAAAUACUGAACAGUUUAUCUGGGUGCAAAAACCAUUCCUUGUAGAAAUGGAACAAGUGAAACAUCUCCCAUUAAGUGCCCAAGAAGAAUUUGCCGAAUUUAGUUGUAAUACAAAACUUAAAACCGAGUUUAGUAAGCAAACAUUGAAUUCUUUUUGGCUUAGUGUGAAAGCAGAGUAUCCACUACUCUCUGAGUUAGCAAUGGCAGUUCUCUUACCAUUUGCAACCACUUAUUUAUGCGAAAUGGCAUUUUCAGUAAUGACCAAUAUCAAAACAAAGCAGCGCUCUCGUCUCUGCAACAUAGAAAUUGCUAUGAGACCUGCACUGACUGAUAUUAAACCCAGGUUUAAUUUAUUGUGCCAAAAUAUGCAGGCUCACCCAUCACAUUAAAUGUAAUUUAAAAUAUAAUUUAAUAUGCAUCAAUGUCCUUAAUUUAUUUAUUUUAUUUAUUAUUUAAUUUAUGUAAUUUAAAAUAUGUUUAACUUAACUAAUUGAGUUUACUAAUG